CUGCAGCCUACCGUUAUCCUACCACCCCUGGACUCCUUCCUGGCCGGGAAGACAUGAAACACCGCGGAAGAACGACAGAGACCCUCCACAUCUAGCCACCUGGCGUGGGCUCAGCGUCCUCUUUUCCGUCAUUGACUUCGGCUGCUCUGUGAGAAUAACCUAACAUAUACCAAGCAGACACUGUUGGGGAGCACAUAUCAGCCUCCGGGUCUGAUCUGGAGAUAACCUUCCUGGGAACCAGACACGGGGCGUGGUUCUGGGAGGAAGGAGGAGUCUGACAGCCACAGGCCCAAGGUGGUGCUGCUGACGGAGGCUGCUUCCCUCUGGUGGUAACCGCUUGCCCUGCAACUCAGACCACGUGGUUUCUAGGAAAUGCACCUCCCCGGAGGAGAACUGAAACUUAGGGUGGGGACUGUAGAAAGGGGAGGAGAGAUCAGAAAAAGCCUAGAACCAGCUGAGCCUGGGACCUCCUCAGCGGCUCAGGCCCUGCCCACUUCUUCAGCUCCGCCCUUGCCCCCAGCUGCCGCCCCACCUACCCCUCUAGCAAAGAGGGGUUUGGUAAGGAGAAGGAUGGCCUCAGGCAAAGUACGCUGCACCCGAAAGCUGCGGAGCUGGAUCGUGCAGCAGGUGGAGAGUGGCCAUUUCCCAGGGGUGUGCUGGGACGAUGCAGACAAGACCAUGUUCCGGAUCCCCUGGAAGCACGCGGGCAAGCAAGACUUCCGAGAGGACCAGGAUGCUGCCAUAUUCAAGGCUUGGGCACUGUUUAAGGAAAAGCACAAAGAUGGGGACAUAGGACACCCGGCUGUCUGGAAGACUCGCCUACGCUGUGCCCUCAACAAGAGUUCUGAAUUUGAAGAGGUUCCUGAGAGAGGUCGUAUGGAUGUUGCUGAACCCUACAAAGUAUAUCGAAUACUGCCAGCAGGAACCCCCCCUAACCAACCACGGAACCAGAAAUCACCAUGCAAGCGAAGUAUCAGUUGUGUGUCACCUGAGAGGGAAGAAAAUACGGAAAAUGGGAGGACCAAUGGAGUUGUAAACCACUCAGACAGUGGCAGCAACAUAGGCGGUGGUGGCAAUGGCAGCAACAGGAGCGACAGCAACAGCAACUCUGAGCUAGAGGAGGGAGCUGGCACAACUGAGGCCACCAUUAGAGAGGACCCAGUGUUCCUGGAGCAUCAACUUCCUCUGAACUCAGACUAUUCGCUGCUGCUCACCUUCAUCUAUGGUGGCCGAGUGGUGGGUAAGACCCAGGUGCACAGCCUAGACUGUCGGCUCGUGGCUGAGCGCUCAGACUCAGAGAGCAGCAUGGAGCAGGUGGAGUUUCCCAAACCCGACCCACUGGAGCCUACCCAGCGCCUGCUGAGUCAGCUUGAGAGAGGCGUCCUGGUGGCCAGCAAUUCCAGAGGCCUCUUUGUUCAGCGCCUUUGCCCCAUCCCCAUCUCCUGGAACGCACCCGAGGCCCCACCCGGGCCUGGUCCUCAUCUGCUGCCCAGCAAUAAGUGUGUGGAGCUCUUCAAGACCACCUACUUCUGUAGAGAUUUGGCCCAGUACUUCCAGGGCCAGGGCCCCCCACCCAAGUUCCAAGCAACCCUACAUUUCUGGGAGGAGAGUCCUGGCUCUAGCCAUAGCCAAGAGAAUCUCAUCACAGUGCAGAUGGAGCAGGCCUUUGCCCGACAUUUACUGGAGAAGAUUCCAGAGGAGGAAAAAGCUGCCUUGUUCCUGUUACACCACACAGAGCAGUCACCCUCUGCUCUCGGUCUCUGAUCGUCGCGUCUCCAUGGAAAUAGACUUGUUCUCCACACUCUUGGUCGGCCUGCUUUUGUGGUGGUUCUUAUCACCGUGUGUUAUCCAGCAUGGCCAAGAGAAAGUGCAAAGAUGAUGUUUAUCCUUACAAAUUGAGUUUGAGAGGCAGACUUGUUGGUGAAUACUUGUUAAUCUCAGCACUUGGAAGACAGUCCAAAUGAUUAUGAGCCUCAAGGCCAACCUGGAAGAGACUUUUAUUUCCUUUUUUUUUAAAGCUAUAUCCUCUCUCAUCUCUAAGGAACUGGAAAGUUUCAAAGGGUGUGAUCUCAGAGGGAAUUGUAUUCUCCUCCCAGUCCCAAACUCUAAAUCUAAGCACUUUAUAUAUUUUAUCUCCCAGUCCUCACUAGACUGAAAUAAAAUUUAGCUGGGUGAGGUAUUACACAGUUGGCACAUGUGAGACAGAGGCAAGAAGACUGUGAGUUCAAAUUCAAGGCCAGUCUUGGUGACACUGUCUCCAAAAAAAUAAAUAAAAAGCUUCCUAAGAGUGGCUGGAGAGAUGGCUCGGUGAAUAAGAGCACUGACUGCCCUUCUGAAGGUCCUGAGUUCAAAUCCCAGCAACCACAUGGUUGCUCACACCUGUCUUCAGACACCCUCUUCUGGUGUGUCUGAAGACAGCUACAGUAUACUUACGUAUAAUAAGAAAUAACUCUUUGGGCCAGAGCUCAGCCUCCAUCCGCUCACAUGUUGACUACUUGGUCCUCAGUGGGACCAUUUGGAAACGACGAGGAGAUGUGGGGUUGUUGGAUGAGUUGUGUCAUUGGCCAUGGGCUUUAAGGUUUCCAGAGACCCUUGCCAUUCCUAGCUAGCACACUCUCUCUGUGUCUCAUGCUUAUAAGUCAGAUGUAAACUCUCAACCCCAGUACCGUGCCUGCCUGCCUGCUGCUUUGUUCUCUGUCAUGAUGGUCAUGGACCCUAAACCUUUAGAAAUGUGAGCUCCAAAUUAAAUUUUGCCUUUUCUAAGUUA